AGAAGAAAACAUAUGAGAAAAAAAAUCAGAAAAGUUCUUCUAAUCCUUUAUGCAACACAAAAAAAAUCACAAAAUAAUUAGACCGCCAAACCGACAGACAUGCUCACACACGCAGUUACGCACUCACAAAGAGAGAUGGAGAGAGAGGUUACAAACGAGAAGGGAGAUCUAAUGUAGAGAAAGAAACAAAGAGAAGAGAUGGGAUUAGCUUUUACACAGAAGAUCCCAAAAAUAAUCUGCAAAACCAUUGUUUUUUAUUUUUCUCAUUUUUGUUGAGUUUUUUUGCGACCCAAUCGAUAUCCUCCGAUUGUAAUUUGUGCGCAGAGUUUUACAGACUGCGCAGAUAGAGAAGAGAGGGAGGGAGAAGAUGAACAACGGACAGCUUCUGUUAGAUCGGACGUACCUUCGGUAUCUUUUUUGACAGAGGUUUUUUUCACACGCAGAAGAGAGAGAGUGAGAGAGAGAGAGAGACUAUUUUGAAGUGGGGGAGGAGAGAGAGAAAAAAAGAGUGUUUCAAUUAGGUGCGACAGGUAUCACAUUUUUUUGCUACACUUGUCCCACAUGCGCUGACGGGACCCACUUUUUGACGGUGGUUAUUGUCCCGAUGGCUCGCUCGGAUGUUUUGGUUUGAUAUGCUUCCGUGUGAUGAAACACAUGCUAAACAAAGAGUGAUACCCCGUGCUCUCUCCAUAGAGUUAGGUUUUCAUCAGCUUGUGGGGGGAAGUCUGUACCUGGCCUGACGACAUCUGUGAGAAGAGUGAGAAGGGAGAAGAAUCAGCUCAAACGCAUAUCACAGUCGCAACCAUGACUGACUAUGUGCAGGAGCAAGAGAUGGAGAUUGAAGCCUUGGAAGCAAUACUAAUGGAUGAUUUCAAAGAAAUUCACUCUGGUGAGAGUGGGCUAAAUACUUCUAAUCGGUGCUUCCAGGUCACACUUUCUCCGCAGGAUGAUGAGGCAGAUGAGUCAGUGACCACUCCAGUUCAGCUGGCUUUAAUUUUCUCGCAUACAGAAAAAUAUCCAGAUGAACCACCACUUCUGAAUGUGAAAAGUUUACGAGGAAUACCAGCAGGGGAUCUUAAAAUUUUGAAAGAAAAGCUUGAACAAGAGGCAUCUGAGAAUCUUGGUAUGGCUAUGGUCUACACAUUGGUUACAUCAGUUAAGGAAUGGCUAUGUGAAAGAUUUUGUCAAGAUGAUAGUGCAACGAAUGCUGAAGAAGAUGAUACAGAAAAAGAUGAUGUAAUUGUGCCGCAUGGAGAACCAGUAACUGUUGAUACAUUUCUUGCCUGGAGAGAGAGAUUUGAAGCAGAGUUGGCUUUAGAACGAGCCAAAAAGGUGCGGCACCUAUCACUGAAGGAUCUGACGAGGAAGAUGUGGAAGACAUUGAAUUUGACGAUGACUUUGAAGACGAUGAAGAAGAUAUGCUUGAGCACUAUCUUGCUGAGAAAUCUGAUUCAUCCUCUCAUUCCACCAGAGUCAAGUGAAGAAUACAUAAUACCUCAAAAAUAUGAACUAAAGCUCAUUCCUGGUAUGUUAAUGCAGACCAGAAUGCAACGUUCACAUCUCUACCACAUCCUUGCAUGCACAAUCCCAGAGAAGAGAGAGAGAGAGGAAGAGAGAGAGCUUGUUUAUAGUAUUCUUAGUAUUUUCUAUAAGGGAAUUAUAUUUACAUAGUUAUUCCCUUCUUUUUGUUCGAGUUUUAGGAUUUCAUACAUUUGUACAUCAUUAUUGAAGGUGGUUGCCCAAGUGGUAAUGUUGGUUUACUGUGUUCCAGGGGAUUGAAAUUUUAAAACAAAUCCGAGACCUAAAGCUUGCUUCA